UUCUACAUGAGAUGAGAGUGCUUCACCUCUCAUAAAGAAGAAGAUAUUCUGGAAUUUUAACAAAAUUAAGGAUUACACAUUCUACAAGGAAUACCCCUUAUAUAUUUCCAGCAACAGAAGGAACAGCUGUCUUAAAAUGCAUCAAGGAAAGACACCUCCUGGAAUCAGAUGGCAAGUAAUGAUUUCAUUAUUUUCCUGGCUGUGUCAUUCAGUCUCUGCUCAGAUUCAUUAUUCCAUUGUAGAAGAAAUGAGGAAAGGUUCAGUUGUUGGUGAUUUAGUGAAAGAUCUUGGAAUGAGUGUGCAGGAUAUCACAGCAAGAAAAAUCCGUAUUGUGUCUGAUGUUUCUGAAAAAUAUUUCAGUAUCAAUCUGGAGAGUGGAGACCUUUUUAUUACUGAGAGGAUAGACAGAGAGACAUUGUGUGGGGCUGCAGAUGAUUGUGUCCUAACUUUUGAUGCUGUGGCUGAGAAUCCUUUAAAUGUGUUUAAUGUCAAGAUUGAAAUUCAAGAUAUAAAUGACAAUCCACCCAGAUUUCUCUAUGAAUCAAUUAGGCUAGAAAUAAGGGAAUAUGCUUCACCAGGAGCAAAGUUUGUUUUGCAGAAAGCUGAAGAUUUGGAUAUAGGAAUUAAUACACUAAAAAGCUACCGACUCAGUUCAAAUGAACAUUUUGUCUUAGGAGAAAGGAUAAGCUCUGAUGGCAGCAUAUUUCCUGAACUAGUUCUAGAAAAGCCUCUAGACCGAGAGAAACAAGAUUACCAUGAACUAAUUUUAUCAGCUGUCGAUGGAGGAAAACCUGUACAAACAGGGAGCACACAGAUUAAAAUUGCAGUCAUCGAUAUAAAUGAUAACAGUCCUAUAUUUGAUCAGGAAUUAUAUAAAAUAAGUAUUAAGGAAAAUAUACCAUUGAAUUCAACAGUUCUGAAGGUCAGGGCAACUGAUGAAGAUGAAGGUGUGAAUGGACAGAUUACGUAUUCAUUUAGUACCCUGGCAAAUAAAGAGCCAUCACUUUUUACCAUUGAUCAGCACACUGGCGAGAUCAAAACAUCAAAAGUCUUUCAUGACGGAGACUCCUUAAAGCAUAGAGUUGUGGUCAUAGUAAAAGACAAUGGUCACCCACCCCUCUCUGCUUCUGUGACUCUAAAUCUGUUGAUUGCUGAUAAUUUUCAGCAGAUAAUUCCUGAAAUUAAUAAACAGCCAAGCAAACCGGACUCUCAGUCAAACUUACAAAUGUACCUGGUAAUUGCCUUGGCAUUGAUUUCUUUUCUGUUUGUAUUGACUGUGAUAGUCACUGUUGUCUCCAAAUGCAGAGAGUCCAAAUCUUUGCCUUCCUUGGGACCCGUGAAUACGCACUUAUACCACACUGUAGAUCCCAGAUUCAUUUCCCAGUUUAACAAUGGAACACUACAGCUGCCAUAUACAUACAAUGUUUUUCCAACUUUGGAUUCAAUGGAAAAGGAAUUUGCUUUCCUAAAAACUCAGCAGACUGUUCCGGUUGUUCCUGUAGAUAGACUAAUUGAUGCUGAUGAUUCAGGAAUAGGUCAUGAAAACAUAAGAGACCCUAUACCUGAUGACAGACUUUUUUUGCAGGAUUACACGUUCUAUGAGGAAUUUACCUUAUAUUUUUCCAGCAACAGAAGGAACAGCUGUCUUAAAAUGCAUCAAGGAAAGACACCUCCUGGUAUCAGAUGGCAAGUAAUGAUUUCUUUAUUUUCCUGGUUGUGCCAUUCAGUCUCUGCUCAGAUUCAUUAUUCCAUUGUAGAAGAAAUGAGGAAAGGUUCAGUUGUUGGUGAUUUAGUGAAAGAUCUUGGAAUGAAUGUGAAGGAUGUCAUAGCAAGAAAAAUCCGUAUUGUGUCUGAUGUUUCUGAAAAAUAUUUCAGUAUCAAUCUGGAGAGUGGACACCUUUUUAUUACAGAGAGGAUAGACAGAGAGACAUUGUGUGGGGCUGCAGCUGAUUGUGUCCUGACCUUUGAUGCUGUAGUUGAGAAUCCUUUAAAUGUUUUUAAUGUUAAGAUUGAAAUUCAAGAUAUAAAUGACAAUCCACCAAGAUUUCUCGAUGAAUCAAUUAGGCUAGAAAUAAGUGAAUCUGCUUCACCAGGAGCAAAGUUUGUUUUGCAGAAAGCUGAAGAUUUGGAUAUAGGAAUAAAUACAUUGAAAGGCUACAGACUCAGUUCAAAUAAGCACUUUGUCUUAGGUGAAAGGAUCAGCUCUGAUGACAGUAUAUUUCCUGAACUAGUUCUAGAAAAGCCUCUAGACCGAGAGACACAGAAUUACUAUGAACUAAUUCUAUCAGCUGUCGAUGGAGGAAAUCCUGUACAAACAGGCACUGCACUAAUUAAGAUUGCCAUCACUGAUUUUAAUGAUAAUACUCCUAUAUUUACUCAGGGAUUAUAUAAAAUAAGUAUUAAGGAAAAUAUACCAUUUAAUUCAACAGUACUGAAGGUCAGGGCAACUGAUGAAGAUGAAGGUGUGAAUGCACAGAUUGAAUAUUCAUUUAGUACCGUGACAAAUAACAUUCUUCAGAUGUUUGCAAUUAAUCGCAAAAAUGGAGACAUUACAACAAAGGGACAUUUAGAUUAUGAAAUGAAAAAACGAUAUGAAAUAUCAGUUCAAGCUAAGGAUGGUGGGGGCCUAGCUGCCAAUGCCAAAGUUUUAUUAGAGAUAUUGGAUGAGAAUGACAAUGUUCCUGAGAUAUCCCUCACCUCCCUGUCUUCUCCUAUUCCUGAAGACACAUCACCUGGAACUGUGGUGGCACUGAUUGCAGUUCGUGAUAAAGACUCAGGAGAAAAUGGAGAAGUCCAGUGUCAAAUUAUUGGGGAUAUUCCAUUUCAGUUAGUGUCAUCAGCAAAUAACUUUUAUAAAAUUGUUACAAAAGAUGCUCUGGACAGAGAAAAAAUGCCAUCCUAUAACAUCACCAUUCAAGCAUCUGACAAGGGUUCACCUUCUAUGUCUUCUGUAAAAGUCAUCUAUUUGGACUUGGCGGAUGUUAAUGACAAUGCACCUGUUUUUGAGAAGCAGACUUACGCUGCAUUUGUUCCAGAAAAUAAUUUACCAGGAACUUCCAUAUUCCAUAUUCAAGCAAAAGAUAUUGACAGUGAGGAAAAUGCAAAACUGACUUACUUUGUAGUAAGUAAUGACAAAGAUCCCAUAUCCUUGCACGUAUCCAUUAAUCCAGUGACUGGAGUCAUUUACGCACAAAAGUCAUAUGAUUAUGAGCAACACAGAGAAUUUACCAUUCAAGUCAUUGCUAAAGACAAUGGUUCUCCAUCACUGAACAGCAGCACAACUCUAAAAAUUCAUGUGGUAGACCAGAAUGAUAACCCACCAGUCAUCUUAUACCCACCAACAGACAGUGAUGGCCCUGUCUUUGAGAUGGUGCCUUGGUCCUCUGAACAAGGUUCCUUAGUAUCUAAAGUGGUUGCAGUGGAUGCAGAUUCUGGACACAAUGCUUGGUUAUCUUAUUUUUUGCAAGCUUCUGAGCCAUCACUUUUUACCAUUGAUCAGCACACUGGGGAGAUCAAAACAUCAAAAGUCUUUAAUGAUGGAGAUUCUUUAAAGUAUAGAGUUGUGGCCGUAGUAAAAGACAAUGGUCACCCACGGCUCUCUGCUUCUGUGACUCUAAAUCUGGUGAUUGGUGAUAAUUUUCAGCAGAUAAUUCCUGAAAUGAACAAACAGCCAAGCAAACUGGACUCUCAGUCAAACUUACAAAUGUACCUGGUAAUUGCCUUGGCAUUGAUUUCUUUUCUGUUUUUAUUGACUGUGAUAGUUGCUGUUGUCUCCAAAUGCAGAGAGUCCAAAUCUUUGCCUUACUUUGGACCCGUGAAUACGCACUUAUACCAUACUGUGGAUCCCAGAUUCCUUUCCCAGUUUAACAAUGGAACAUUACAGCUGCCAUACACAUACAAUGUUUUUCCAACUCUGGAUUCAAUGGAAAAGGAAUUUGCUUUCCUAAAAGCUCAGCAGACUGUUGCGGUUGUUCCUGUAGAUAGACUAAUUGAUGCUGAUGAUUCAGGAAUAGGUCAUGAAAACAUAAGAGACCCUAUACCUGAUGACAGACUUUUUUUGCAGGUAUGUUCAAACUAUGCUAUUUAA